GAGUUCUGCAGGCUAUUUGGACGCAAAGCAGUUAUAUAUAUAUUGGGCUGGGUCCUGUGUUGCCCAAUCCAUACUGAACAUUCAGCUGCGCCGUUGUCGGAUCGAAUUGUGACUGGAGACUGGAGCUGCGCCCUGAAGCAACUACUACUAGUUUUAGCGCCUCCAGCUGAAUCGGGCUUUGCUGUCUACAGACACUCUUAAAGAAAAAGGUGUCCCCAGGGAGAGAAAUCUGCAUUGUAUCUCCAUCUCAAACAAUAAUCUUUGUAUAAUCGCCGAAUAUGUGUCGUCUCCUGGUAUACAAAGGCAGGCAUGAGAUUCGUCUCAGCAAGCUAGUCACGGAGCCAAGCCAUUCCAUCCUCACUCAGUCCUACGACUCCCGUUUAAGACUAGACAACCGCCGCCCCGUCAACGGCGACGGCUUCGGCGUGGGCUUCUACACAGAUCCAAAACUAGGUCCAGAGCCAUGCAUUUUCACAUCAACUCUCCCAGCCUGGAACUGCGAGAACCUCGAGCGGCUCGCCUCCAAGACAUGCUCUAAUCUAAUCUUCGCGCACGUGCGCGCAACCACAGAGGGCACUCUCUCCGACACGAACUGCCACCCAUUCCAGCACAGCACGCUGAUGUGGAUGCACAACGGCAACGUCGGCGGCUGGCAGUACAUCAAGCGGCCGUUAGCCGACUCACUCGCGGACAAAUGGUUCCUAGGCGUCAAGGGCGGGACAGAUAGCGAGUGGGCAUUCGCGCUGUUCCUUGACCUUCUCGAGAAAGAAGGUGUGGAUCCUAGCUCUGAUCCCGGCCCAGGAGGGUUCGGACAGGCGCUGCUGCGUCGAGUGAUGGUGAAGACGAUUGCGAAGAUCAAUGAGUUCAUUCGUGAUAUUCCCAAGAGACAUAAUGUGUCGAAUGUGGAGACACGCAGUUUGUUGAACUUUGCUGUUACGGAUGGUCAGACUGUUAUCUGUACGAGGUAUAUCAGUAGUAAAACGGAUGAACCAGCUAGUUUGUACUUUUCGUCCGGGACGAAGUGGGUGGAGGGGAAGGAUAAGGGACAUUUUAAGAUGGAGAGGCAUGAUAAGGGGGCUGAUAUUGUGCUGGUGGCCAGUGAGCCGAUUACUUUUGAGAGACAUAACUGGGUCUCCGUCCCUGCCAACUCCAUCGUCACCAUCCACAAGCAAACCGUCCUGCUACAUCCCAUCAUGGAUGAGUUUUACGUCGAGGAUACGAAUCAGGACCGUUCAUCCUGCUACGCCGUGUCUAAGGGUCUCGUUAGCACAGCCCCCGGGACAACCGUGCAGCCCCGUGAAGCAGGGGCUGUCGAUACCAACCCCGGAGCUAUCCAUGGCAAUGGAUCUGCGCUGGAUUCGCAGCAAAUUGGCCUCGCCAACAAGUGCGCUUUAUCACAUUGAUAGAUUGGGUCCACUCUUGUCAAUUGAGCGUGUGCGACAGUGUUAGACUUGGGGAGUUACGGGCUUGGAGUUUGGCAUUUGGGUGUUUUUCUCUAUUUCGGG